AUGGAACAGUUGCCUUUUAACAAAUUUCUAAUUAGUAAAACUCUAAGCUUCACUUAUUAUUCACCAAAUUCCAUUGAUGAACUUAUCAAAAUGCAACUUUAUUCAACUUUAGAACAUUAUCAUCAUUAUUCUCAUACUACCAUAUUCAUGAUGAGUAACAGGAAAGUAAAUAUAACAGAACUGAUCUUGACAAUACCUCAAAAAGAUUUAUCCAAUAUGUGUCGAUUAAAACAUAUUGCUAACAGAUGUGUGGUAAAGUUUGAACUACGACAGACUUUUAAUAAGUAUGAAGAAGAAAUGAUACGAAUUAGUGAAACAACGAUUGGAAAUUGGAGAAUAGCGCCUAGCGCUAAUUUUGCUCCAAAAUUUCCACCUCAACAGUGUGAUUCAUUAAUUAACCCUUUUUACAAUGAUAAGUUGUGCAAAUUCACACAUUUCCGGAAUACUAAUUUAAUUAGGGAAAAAAAGAUAGACAACACGUAA